AUACCCACAACCACACUCACAGAAACACAGACAUGAGCACUUUCACACCUAUCUGGGCCAGAAACCUUCUCCAGUCAUUUCCACAACUUCUUAAGAAAGGCCAAUCCUCUGCAUAAAGAAGAAUGAUCCACACUGCUGGAACUACAUCCUGAAGAGAUUAUUAGAAAUAUCUAUGACUUCAAGGCCCUGCAACACAGAGACAACAACGUUUGGGAAAUUGUAAAGAAGUUCUUGGCGCAAGCACAUCAUUUAACACUGAGUACCUGGACGUUAUUUCGCAGCACCCAUGAAGCCAGACACCAUGACCAUGACAGCACUAAACAGCGAACAAGAUACAGUGUGUAUCUUUGGCACAGGGGACUUUGGACGAUCUUUGGGGCUUCGAUUGCUUCAGGCAGGGUAUGAAGUUGUCUAUGGAUCCCGAAACCCCAGAAAUUCUGCUCUGUUGCCCAAGGGGGCAAAGGUAUUGCCACACGAGGAAGCAUCUCUGAAAGCAAGGGUAAUAUUUGUGGCUAUUCAUCGAGAGAACUAUAACUUCUUGGCCAGUCUGAGGCCAGCUCUUGAAGGAAAGGUCCUGGUGGACGUCAGUAAUAACCUGAAGAAGCAUCAGUACACAGAAUCUAAUGCUGAAUAUCUGAGCACAUUGGUACCUGAGGCACUCGUGGUCAAAGCCUUCAAUACUGUCUCAGCCUGGGCACUGCAAUCAGGAGGGCUGGAUGCCAACAGACAGGUAUUGAUUUGUGGAAACCAUGUGGAUGCCAAACAAGCAGUAAUGGACAUAUCCCACAGUUUGGGUCUGACCACCCUGGACCGAGGCUCCCUGAGAGUGGCAUCUGAGCUGGAGGAUCUACCGCUUCAACUCUUCCCUCUUUGGAGGCUUCCUUUGCGUAUCAGUGCUGGACUGCUUGGCACCUUCUUCGUCUAUGUUCUCAUUCGGGAUGUUGUCUAUGCACGGGUUGUUGAAAACAAAGACAAUUCCUUUCGCAUCAUGAUCUCGCUAGCUAAUAAGGUGUUUCCUAUGGUCUCACUGGUGAUGCUGGCACUGUGCUAUCUCCCUGGUAUCAUUGCUGCUUUCUUGCAGCUCUACAAUGGCACUAAAUACCGCCGAUUUCCUGACUGGCUGGAUCGCUGGAUGUUGUGCAGAAAGCAGCUGGGAUUACUGGCACUGGCUUUCGCUUUUCUGCAUGUGCUGUACACACUGGUGAUCCCAAUCAGAUACUACGUUUUCUAUAAAAGGGCCAACAUUUAUAUUUCACUGGUCAAAGAGAAUAAAACAUACGAGUUCAGUGAAAUGUUCGCCUGGCGUUCCGACUCCUACUUGUCCACUGGAAUGCUGGGAUUUGCGCUAUUUGUUUUACUAGGAAUCACAUCACUUCCAUCUGUCAGCAACUCUCUCAACUGGAGAGAAUUCAGAUUUAUACAGUCUAAACUUGGCUAUUUGACGUUGCUCCUGUGCACUGCUCAUGCCUUCCUGUAUGGAUGGGACAAGUUCCUGAGUGCGUCAGCCUACAAAUGGUGGAUGCCAUCAGGCUAUAUACUGACUCUGGUGGUCCCCUGCAUUGUUCUGGUUUUAAAAACAGUCUUAAUUAUGCCAUGCAUGGACCAUACUCUCACUCGCAUACGCCAGGGAUGGGAGAGACCAGGCAAAGCUGGGAUGGACAAACAUGCAAAAAACAGCCAGCCACUCAUUCUAUAAACAAUGUUUAAUAUGCUUAAUGGCAUGACUUGACCACAUGCCCAAGUGUGUCAUGGCAUUGGUAUUCGUGUAGAUGGAUUUUUGCCAGCUUUGACAAACACCACACUUUAAAGAGAAACCAAACUGAUAAAGGUUUAAUAUGUACUUAUGUAUCUGUGCAUAAUGCUAAAGUAGAGAUGCACCAUUUAUUCUUUGAGAAAUGAAGCAAAAAUAUUAAAAGCUGAAGCACACAUCUUUUACCAGGUUGUUGCUUUGGUGAGACAAGUUAUAAAUGCAGUUUAGAUUUGAGGUAUAGAAUCUAAGAAAGAGUACAUUAGGAAUAAAACGUGACAGGGUGUGCUGUUGUUGGAAAAUAAUUAACGACAAGAUGGUGUGAUUUUCUCUGAUACAGAGCGGAGUUAAAAGGAAGUUGAGUAAUUUCAGUUUUAUUCCUUUUAUAUUACAGCAAUUAAAUAAUGGUGUUUACUUUUUAUCUAUUUACGGUUAUGUUUACUGUCAUGGAACGUCUGCAAAACAAGUUAUUUCCGACUAUUAUUUACAUGACAAUUUCACGCUGACUAGCCUCUCUGUUUUAAUUUCUCUUGAAGUUAAUAAGACAAAAAAUGCUUGCCAUGUGAUUGAGAAACAAGAAAGUACGGUGGCCAGGAAUUGCAAAACAAAAUUACAAAAUGUGAAACACUUUUACAUUUUAUAAAACAAAAUUACAUUAGCAAAACACUUUUACUAAGGACAAAACAAAUUUACAUCUUAGAAAACACUGAUAAGAUGCGAAACACUUUUAGAAGUGCUGAAACAAAUUUAGAAAAUGAAAUGCUGCAAGCAACCCAGAAGUACGGUGGCCAGGAAGUGAUAGAGUGAGUGGUCAAUUCGUGUUAUCUUGUUCCCUGUGUGCUUGGUCCUUCUGUCUGGUCCGUGUCCUUUAAAAAUUCUAGAGACCGUCCACACGAAAAGCAAAGCCAUGUUAAGCGGUUUAUGUGUUUUCCAUAAAAGGGGCAAAACAUCAUUCGGUCACAGUCGAUAUUCCGUCACCAUAAACUCCACAGAAGGCAAUACAAAUUGACCACUUACUCUGUCACUUCCAGAUCGCUUGCGGCAUUUGGUACAUUCCCCUUCUGUGAGGAUUUUUGUUUGUAAAUUUGUUUUGGGACUGGUAAAAGUGUUCCGCCACUUGUAAAUUUGUCUCAGCACUUGUAAAAGUGUUUCACAUCUUGUCAAUUUGUUUUCUAAGAUGUAAAUUUGUUUUGUCCUUGGUGAAAGUGUUUUGCGAAUGUUAUUUUGUUCUAUAAAAUGUAAAAGGGUUUCACAUUUUGUAAUUUUGUUUUGCACUUCAUAGCCACCGUAAGAAAGCCCCAUCCUGAAGAUUUUGUCAUUGCGAAAAGCGAACAUUAUUGCUGGGUUUCAGUCAUGUGACUUUUCUUAGCGGUUUUACCGGAAGUGAAAUAGUUGGUGGUCUAAACGGCUGCCAUAAUGCAAACAACUAGCGAUAACUUGUCAGAGUAUGCUCGUAAUCUAGAAGCCACUGCUCGAUUUAGAUAUUUUCAGAAGAUUGCUGUGUGCAAUGGAAUCGACCCCUACAGUCUGGGAAAGAAGGAUUUGUCAUACAAUCUUGAAAACUACCCUUCAGUCAAGUUCCCCGACAUCUCGAACUAUCUGGUGUUGCAGACGUCCUUCUACACCGCAAAACAGAUGAAAGCGUGGAAGAGUAUGGAGGCUUACAACUUUUUUGUAUGUGGCUGGGUAAAGGACCUCGCUAUCAAGUCGCUGCCGAAUGAAUCCUGUAUUGUUUUUGCCCGUGUAAGUAUGUUUUUUUUAAGCUUUUUGUUUGCGCCUUUACAACGAAGCACUGCAAGCUGAAGUGUAAACAAACAACAGUUUGCUUGAUUCUCACUUGUGUUGGCUUUUAUCGCUCAGCUAAAUCAUUCACAAAGAUCAUCAGAAACCCCUAUAAAGACCUGGAUCAUAGUUAAACAAGACGGAGAAGUGAUCACGGCGCAUUGUAACUGUACGGCUGGAUAAGAAUUUUGUCAUGGCCUUCAUACAUAUGGACUUUGUGAGGAGUAAACAAAGAAACAGCUGGGGACUUUAGUGCUUCGUGACAAAAAAAGUACUGGAAAAUAAUGACACAUAGCAAGAAAAGUACUUGGAAAACGCUCAGGACAUAUGGUAGCUGAGAAGGAUACAAACCUUUCACCAAGUGAUCACUGCAAACUCGAGCAUGCUUCGACUCGGCUCCCUUCGAUUUCAGUGAGAGGUUCAAAAGCCACCUUUCUCGACGUCUUUUUGUGAAACCUGUUCAUUCACCCUUUUUUAUUAGUUCACGAGGAACCCUGAAGAAACUUUUAUCAGUUUCACGAUUUGAUCGAUUCGAACAACCUAAAACAACACAAGCGUAAGGCAUUUUUCAUGCAAGCAAUGCACCUUCUCUGUCCAAACGCUUUGUCAACUGAGCUUUGGUAGACCACCAGCUAAAGUUUUGAAUAACUAAUGAGGCGGAUGUGACGUCACAUGAAACCCAGCAAUAGCUUUAUUUCUUUGUUAUAAAGCCCUGACACUGGAAAUUCCUUCCAAAAUGCUAAAAAAAAAUCUACUCACAAAAAAAUUUGACAAGACAAAGAAAGAUCCUCUGAAGACAAGAAGCAAACUUCAAUGGAAGUGGCUAUCCAUGGCUGGAUCAAUAUUGCUUUAAGAGGAGAGUUUAAACAAGGCAAGUCUUUGUGUAAAUUGUUACUAUAGAAACAACAUUUAACACAACAGGGAAUUAAUAUAAAUUUUGCAGUUGUCAAUGCCUCUGAGCAAUCAGAACUAUGCAUUCAGUGGUGCUGUGAUAUGAAAUAUUGUAUUUAAUCAUUUUAAAAUGUAGACUGGAUUUGGUUGGUCUUCAAAUCUAAGCUCCGUUCAGCUGCCUGAAAAAGUCAGUUUGUUGUGCAGUAAACAUUUGUUCUUUGUAGUCCUCUGUAGUUUGUUUUUUUUUCCCCCUCAAUUCCCAAUGUUCCUGAGCUAUUUUUCUACAAACUCUCCUCUUAAAGCAAUAUUGAUCCAGCCGUGGACAGCCACUUCCUGUUUCAUGUGAUUGAAGUUUGCUUCUUGUCUUCAGAGGAUCUUUCUUCUUUCACACUCCUACAAAUAGAUCUGUCCACAUUAUGUGCAUAGCUACAUCUAGGCCAGUCUAUUGAAAUCAAAUGAUAAAACAUUCCAAAUAUGAAACUUAUUUAUCAUAACUACUCAAUUGGGUUCAAUUGUCUCGUUUUUAGAGCUGUAGAAGUCACUUGAUGUUGCCUGGAACCUACACAUUUAGAAAAAGGAUUCUUCAAAAAAAUGUCUUGGUAUUGUUAAGAGUUCCUAAUAACAUUCUGGAUUGGAAACCCUUUCCGAUUGGACUGAAAUGCAGUUGUACGUUGGAUCUUUAACCGUUUCAUACAGCAAUUAUUUCAAACUUAUCAAGAUUCUUUAUGGAUUUUAUUAAAUGUUAUUAAAACUGCAUAUCGUAUACUUUUUUUCUGAAUAUCAUUAUGACUUUAUGAUUUGAAAAAGUGAGCACAGUGUCAAUAUGUAUGAAUACCAUGAAUAAACGAUACUGUAUAUACACUCA